CUUGUCCGGUAUGAUCGUUAGCUGUGUGCUAUAAUUUUGUUUGUUGUAAGUUUGUACGGCUUUGUAAGGUUAUCGUUUUAAUUAAAGUGACACUCUUGUGACACUAAACAAUGGCAGAAAGGAAAAGUUCGACGUCAUUCAUCCGGCUAGGAGAUUAACAUGAAAGGUCAAACGAGAGACUGAGUGUUCGAUACGUACCUACUACGAGGAAGAAAAUUUAAUGGUGAUCCGCUUCUCUCCGUUAGUAAGGAGACAGAAACAACCGAUGAAGCUUUGAAUACACACAAAGCCCUGUUUCAUAAACAGGGAAGGAAAAGUUAGCAAAUGAAGAUUAAGCUGGAGAAUCAUCAAAGCUAUUAAGUCCAGAAAAAAGUUGUGUGGGUUAGAGAAUUAUAACAGGUUUCUUUUUUGUUGAGAAUGGGAUUGGCCUCAGCAUGAUUAUGAUUGUUAUAGCAGAAAGAAGCAUCAUACGCACAACACAUUAUCAGGGCGUUCGAGGAACCAGAUCCAUCCAUCCUCAAAGCAGUAAACACCUUUAUUUGCAAGUCUUCACAGCCCGAGCUUCACCGAAGAAAUUUCACGGACGUGAGUUGUUUAUUUUUACGGAAAUGAAACGUGGAUGACAAACACUGUUCAGAGAAAAGAGAACACAAGCUUUGAUAUGUCUUGCUACGGGAGGAUGCCGAAGAUUUGAUGGGUAUAUCGUACAACUAAUGGUGAGACAUUGGUGAGAUAACACAUUUAUGGCACAACAUAAAUAACAGAAGAGAUCCGUUUAUAGGACACAUGCUAAGGCAUGAAUGAAUCUACUGCUUCGUAAUUCAGGGAAGUGUGGGGUAAAUAUUUUAGAGAGAGGCCAAGGCUUCAGUACGGUAAGCGGGUUCCAAUGGAUGUAGGCAGAGAUGAAGAGGCUUGCACCGGAUACACUAGUGUGGAGAGCUACACCAAACCAAGCCUUCGGACUGAAGGCCACACAGGUUGAUCGAGCUGAAGGUCGGGAAUGCACAAAGUACAACGAAUGAUUUUCUUGAAGGCUUCGUUUUUGGGUCAUAGCUUGUGACUCUCGACAGAAAUCUUCUUCUCCGAAGGACAUGGAAUAAAUUUCUACCCGAAGCGUCUCGCUCUUGUGCCGUUGGAGAGUCUCUUUACAUUCUAAUGUGUGUUGGAAGACAGAACGCGAGCUGACGGAAAAACAUGAGCAACAGUGAAGAUGAGGACAUUCCCGACAGGGAAACUUGUCAAAAGCUUACAGAACAAUUUGCGGAAAUAACGGGAACAGACGUCGCAUGUGCGCAGUUUUAUUUACAGGACAGGAAAUGGGACCUACAGCGUUCGGUGAACGCCUUUUUCGAAUCUACACAGAAAGGUGGAAUUAAUUUUACUAAUGACGGCGACACUCCAGAAAUCGUCAUAAACGUCGACAAGAAAAUGGUUACAAACCUUGGUAUGAUGACAACAGAGCCCCCAUCUAAGUUCAAACUGUUUUCUUGGAAUAUUGAUGGGCUGUCUGAGCAUAAUCUUAAAAUUAGAACCAAAGCUGUCUGCAAAACUAUCCAGUUUGAAAAACCAGACAUCAUAUUUUUGCAAGAGGUUAUUCCAGAAACAUUAAAUUACAUCAAAGACAAAUUGCCCGAAUAUGUGUGUAUUGCUGGCAAUACUGAAGGAUACUUCGUGGCUACCUUCUUGAGAAGGUUCACUGUGUACUAUGAUUCACAUAGGGUUGUUGAAUUUCCAAGUUCACUAAUGAUGAGGAACUACAUUGCUGCAGAGGCUCAUAUUGGACCCUUAAAUUUAUUGCUCAUUAACACUCACUUGGAGAGCACUGCAGACCAUGUAGCUGAAAGAAUAAAUCAGUUGAAGAGGAUAUUUCAGGAAAUGUUGACGUGUCCUGAAGAAAAGGUUGUUAUUUGUGGUGGAGAUUUGAAUUUGAGGGAAAAGGAUCUUACAGCAGCUGGAGGUCUGCCUCCUGGUGUCGAUGAUCUUUGGAUUUCUUGUGGAUCACGGAAGACUUGCCAGUAUACCUGGGACAUGUUGCGUAAUACAAAUGUUGAGUUUCCUGGGAAAUAUAAACCUCGUUUCCGUUUUGAUAGAUUGUACUUACGCAAUUCUCAUCAAAAAUCUGUUGUGCCACAGUUUUUUGGCCUUGUUGGUAUCGAAAAAGUAACUAGAACUCAGUCGUAUCCAAGUGAUCAUUGGGGUAUCCAGGUACACUUUACUAUUGAAAAGAGGUGAAUAAAUGUGUGCUUAUUCCUUCAUUUUUAGUGUGUUUUUUAACUAUAUAUGCAAGAAAAUAGCAGAAUUGAAGACUUUCGUGUUACUCACUGUGGUGUUAUGAGGCAAAAAACAUUUUUUGUUUAUGUUUAGGAAAUUAUUUUGUUGAAUUACUUAGACAUUAACAGUAUUAUCAGAUGUAUUGUGAUUUUUACAUUUUCUUAAUAUUUCA